AUUAAUUAUCUCCACAAAGAUAGAGGAUCACUCGUCUGGCCUCUCCUCAUUUCCAAACAAGUACUCUGUGGCACAACCCCUGCAACAGGAUUCUAACUAGGAGCCUCCAGGAGUUACUCUUCUUCCAGCAGAAUGCCGAGCCAGCUUGAGGGUGCCAUGGGUGCACUGAUAACUGUUUUCUACAACUACUCUGGUAAUGACGGAGAUAAGCACAAGCUGAAUAAAGGCGAGCUGAAGGAGCUGUUGAACAGCGAGCUCACGGACUUCCUCAUGUCCCAGAAAGAUCCCAUGCUGGUGGAGAAAAUCAUGAAUGACCUGGACUCGAACAAAGACAACGAGGUGGAUUUCAAUGAGUUUGUGGUGUUGGUUGCAGCCCUGACCGUAGCCUGCAACGACUUCUUCCAAGAGCAGAACAGGAAUGCUAAAUAAAUGUCUGAAUACACUGUUAAACAAAUGUAAAUCUCAAAUCUGUCGUUUAAUCACUCAGUUCUUCUUGGUUUCAUAUAUGAAUAUGACUUCUCUCACACUCUCUGCUUAAGAUACAGUACCAUAGAGUAGUUGCUGCUAAUUAGUUUCGUGACAUUUGCUUUUAAAAUCACCGUCGUCAUCUAAAACCAUGUCUGUAUAUCCUGAUUAGAGUUUUUGUCCCAGCAGAUGCCCCAAUCAUUCCUUCUUCUUCAACUUUAAAUGUCAAAUAUAUAGAUCUGAUAUUUCCCUGAUGGUUCAUUAGGCAGAGAACCUUUUUCUCCCCUUACCUCUCAGCUCCCUGGAGAAAUGUUCUCCAAACCCCUGUGCUGUGCUAACCUAGAGUCAUGGAAAAAAAAAAGUUCACUGUAAACAUGUCAAGUGUUGCCUUUAAAUGAAUGUUCCACCUCUUGUUUAGAUGCCUGCUUCUUUCCUGGUGAAUCUGUAAUCCGUUUCUCUUUUAUUUAUUUAUUUUUUGUUUGUUUGUUUAAAUAAAACCAUAUGCAUUUGA